AUGCGCAAAGUCAACCAGGACUUGAAUCAUCGCUACGGUCAACUGGGGGCUUAUUAUCCAGUCGCCGUAGCAGCCUUCAACAACUACGUGGAUGCUCACCGUAUCUUUGUUUUGCCUGCUAACGCAACAUUUCUUGAAAUGUGGGAGGCGCACGAGGUGAUAAAACCAGAGCGUAUAGCUCUGACUCGUGCUGUUUGUGCCUACAAUCGCGUGUCGCACGUGCACUUCGAUUAUAACAGUGAACAUUUCACGGUGUGUUAG